GAGAAAAUUAUGACAUUUGUGAAGAACGAGCUGAAGAUGUUCAAGAGGAUUCUUAGUCCAGAACUCCCAGAAGGCAUUGAGAGUCAGAAGCAGGAUAAGGAAGUGGUGGAUGCUGAAGAUGAGCAGCAGGAGAGCAGUGCCAGAGAGGGGGCUCUGAAGAUCACACUGCACAUCCUGAGGAAAAUGAACCAGAAGGAGCUUGCUGAAACACUGGAGAAAUAUGAUCUUGCUGUGAUUUGCCAACGUGAACUCAAAUCUAAUCUAAAGAAGAAGUUUCAAUGUGUAUUUGAGGGGAUCGCUAAACAAGGAAACCCAACACUUCUCAAUAAGAUCUACACAGAGCUCUACAUCACAGAGGGAGGAACAGGAGAGGUCAAUAAUGAACAUGAGCUGAGACAGAUUGAGACAACAACCAGGAAACAAGCAAGACCAGAGACUGCAAUCAAAUGUAACGACAUCUUCAAACCCUUAACUGGACAAGACAAACUUAUCAGAACUGUGCUGACAAAGGGAGUCGCUGGCAUUGGAAAAACAGUCUCUGUGCAGAAGUUCAUUCUGGACUGGGCUGAAGGAAAAGCAAAUCAGGAUGUCCAAUUUGUAUUUUCAUUCCCUUUUCGGGAGCUGAAUUUGAUGAAAGAGGACAAACACACUUUCAUUGAACUUCUUAAUCACUUCUCAAUGGAAACCAAACAAUCAGGAAUCUCCAUCUACAACAAGUACAAAGUUCUGUUCAUCUUUGAUGGUCUGGAUGAGUGCCGACUGCCCCUAGACUUCCAGAAGAACAAGAUCUGUUGGGACGUCACAGAGUCAACCUCAGUGGAUGUUCUGCUGACAAAUCUCAUCGAGGGAAAUCUGCUUCCCUCUGCUCUCCUCUGGAUAACUACCCGACCUGCAGCAGCCAAUAAGAUCCCUUCAAGGUGUGUUGACCAGGUAACAGAGGUACGAGGGUUCAAUGACCCACAGAAGGAGGAGUACUUCAGGAAGAGAUUCAGUGAUGAGGACCUGGCCAGCAGAAUCAUCUCACACAUAAAGACAUCAAGGAGCCUCCACAUCAUGUGCCACAUUCCAGUCUUCUGUUGGAUUUCUGCAACAGUCCUUGAACACAUGUUGAGUACAGACAAGAGGGAAGAGAUGCCCAAGACUCUGACUGAGAUGUACACACACCUUGUGGAGUUUCAUACCAAACAGAAGAAUGAAAAGUAUCUUGAGAAAGAAGAGACAGGUCCACACUGGAAUAAAGAGAGCAUUCUGUCACUGGGAAAACUGGCUUUUCAACAGCUUGUGAAGGGCAAUCUGAUUUUCUAUGAAGAAGACCUGAAAGAGUCUGGCAUUGAUGUCAAUGAAGCCUCAGUGUACUCAGGAUUGUGCACACAGAUCUUUAAAGAGGAAUGUGGGCUGUACCAGGACAAGGUGUACUGCUUUGUUCAUCUGAGCAUUCAGGAGUUUCUGGCUGCUGUAUAUGUGUUCCUCUCAUUCAUCAACAACAAUGAGAAUAUAAUGAACAAACUGCAAACAAAAGACGAGCCUGAAGUUACUUUCUACAAGAGUGCUGUGGAUAAAGCCUUACAAAGUGAGACGGGAAACCUGGACCUUUUCCUCCGCUUCCUUCUGGGCCUCUCACUGGAGUCCAAUCAGAAGCACUUACGAGGUCUACUGACAAAGACAAGAAGCAGCUCACAGAGCCAUGAAGAAACAAUCGAGUACAUCAAGGAGAAGAUCGGGGAGGAUCUCUCUCCAGAGAGGAACAUCAAUCUGUUCCACUGUCUGAAUGAACUGAAUGACCAUUCUCUAGUGGAGGAGAUCCAAAGAUACCUGAGCUCAGGAAGUCUCUCAAAACCCAACCUGUCACCUGCACAGUGGUCAGCUCUGGUCUUUGUGUUGCUGACUUCAGAAAAGGAGCUGGAUGUGUUUGACCUGAAGAAAUACUCCAGAUCAGAGGAAGGUCUUCUGAGGCUGCUGCCAGUGGUCAAAGCCUCCAGAGUUGCUCUACUCACUGUCUGUAAACUCACAGACACAUCCUGUAAAGUGUUGGCCUCAGUUCUCAGUUCAAACCCCUCACACCUGAGAGAGCUGGAUCUGAGUAACAAUGACCUGAAGGAUUCAGGAGUGAAGCUGCUCUCUGCUGGACUGGGGAAUCCCCACUGUAAACUGGAGACUCUGAGACUCACUGUCUGUAAACUCACAGACACAUCCUGUGAAGUGUUGGCCUCAGUUCUCAGUUCAAACCCCUCACACCUGAGAGAGCUGGAUCUGAGUAACAAUGACCUGAAGGAUUCAGGAGUGAAGCUGCUCUCUGCUGGACUGGGGAAUCCCCACUGUCUCACACUGGACCUAAACACAGUAAACAGACUCCUCUUUCUGUCUGAGGAGAACAGAAAGGUGACAUGUAGGACAGAGGAGCAGCCGUAUCCUGAUCACCCAGAGAGAUUUGAGGACUAUAGACAGGUGCUGUGUAGAGAGGGUCUGACUGGGCGCUGUUACUGGGAGGUAGAGUGGAGUGGGAGUGGGGCUGUUAUAGGAGUGACAUAUAAAGGAAUCAGCAGGAGAGGAUGGGGUGAUGACUGUUGUCUUGGAUACAAUGACAAGUCCUGGAGUCUGUUCUGCUAUGACAACAGUUACUAUGCCAGGCACAAUAAUAAACCCACUACCAUAGACGUCCCCUCCUCCAGCUCCCACAGAGUAGGAGUGUAUCUGGACUGGCCAGCCGGCACUCUGUCCUUCUAUAGAGCCUCCUCUGACACACUGACCCACCUGAUCACAUUCACCUCCACAUUCACUGAGCCCCUCUAUCCAGGGUUUGGGGUUUGGAAUGACUCCUCAGUGUCCCUAAAAUAAUAACACACACACACACACACACACA